GGAUCGCCGUGUGUCUUUUUUUGUACCUUCCACAUAGUCCCUACCGCCCACGGCCACCAUCUGCUGCUCCCGAAGCAGAGGCUCAUACAACGGCGUCAAGCCUGGAGCUUUAAAGACAACAACGGGGGUAUCCCAUUUAAAGCACCACGGUUCCGAAGACAUUGGAUUAGCUGAGUGAAAUUUAUCACUAAAGCUAAGACCACCGUUGUUGACGCCAUCCACCAGUCCCACAAAUCAGAACAAAAUGGUGCAGAACAAGAUCACAGAAGUUACCGGAUUCCAUCGCUCUUUUAAGGGCCAAAAUCCCUUUGAAUCUGAGGAAUUUUCCAAAACAGGAUCCCAUCUCCUUGAAUCUGCCUUCGAUUUUGAUUGUUCCGCCCGACCUGACAUGCCAUCCAGCCAGCCCAUCGACAUCCCAGAUGCCAAAAAGAGAAACAAGAAGAAAAAGAGAUGCCGGGCAACAGACAGCUUCUCAGGGCGAUUUGAGGAUGUAUAUAAACUGCAAGACGAGGUGCUGGGAGAAGGGGCCUAUGCCAGAGUCCAGACCUGCAUCAACCAAAUCACCCACAAAGAAUAUGCUGUGAAGAUAAUUGAGAAAAGGCCAGGACACAGCAGGAGUCGUGUUUUCAGAGAGGUGGAAAUGCUGUACCAGUGUCAGGGCCACAGAAAUAUUCUGGAGCUGGUGGAGUUCUUUGAGGAGGAGGACAAGUUUUACCUUGUGUUUGAGAAGCUGAGAGGAGGUUCUGUCUUGGCCCACAUUCACAAGAGGAGAUACUUCAGCGAGCAGGAAGCCAGCAUUGUGGUGCAGGACAUUGCGAGUGCGCUGGACUUCCUUCACAAUAAAGGAAUGGCCCACAGAGACCUGAAGCCUGAAAACAUCUUGUGUGAACACGAGGACAGGAUUUCGCCUGUGAAGAUUUGUGAUUUUGAUCUGGGCAGUGGAAUUAAACUCAAUAGUGACAGUUCACCCAUCUCCACUCCAGAGCUCCUCACUCCAUGUGGAUCUGCUGAAUACAUGGCGCCGGAAGUUGUGGAAGCCUUCAAUGAGGAGGCGACCAUCUACGAUAAGCGCUGUGACCUGUGGAGCCUGGGUGUCAUCCUCUACAUCAUGCUGAGCGGUUACCCUCCCUUCGUGGGCCGCUGUGGAAGCGACUGUGGAUGGGAGAAUGGAGAACCUUGUCAAGCGUGUCAGUGUUUCUGUAAAGUUGAACUUUAUCAAUCUCAACCUCUGCCUGUGUUCACACAGAAUCACGAGCCUCAUAUCACAUGCUGA